AACAAAAUAUUUUUGUGCACCGGCUGUGUUGGUUUAUCUGUCAUUUAUCCGAGAAACGAAUCGCAAAAUUACUCUCUUGUUUUAAAUAUUUUUCCACAAAAAGCGAAGCAAAAAUGAGUAUGCAAGUGUGUUGUGUUGAGCCGCAGUCGCAGCAAGUAGAAUUGCCACCUUCAGAUUUGGACAAAAUGAAAACAGAGCUCUUUAAAAUUGAUCUGUUCAUGAAGAAAAUCGAGCUGGGAGAAGGCACAGAAGUAACUUAUGCUGAUUUGAAAACGGCUAUUACUGUUGUGAAUGAAAUAAUUUUGUCAGUUGAUAAUGCAAAUGAUUUUUUCAAGAUAGGAGGAUUUAAUCAGCUAGUACCUCUAUUGUCUUACUCGGAUGCUGAAGUAGUUGCUGCAGUUGCAGAACUUAUUGCAGAUUUAUGCCAGAACAAUAAAUUUUGCCAGUCAAAGAGUCUUGAUCUCAAUAUAAUGCCACAAUUAGUUAAACUGAUGGACGUGCAUCCUGAUGAAAAAGUUUGCUUAAAAGCUUUAUAUGCUUUAUCUUGUUUAUGUAGAAAUAAUGAUGAAGCUAUCAAAUACCUUGAAAUAACUAAUUUUCUACCAGUGCUAUUGAGACUACUUCAGAAACCUGACGAAAAACUUAGAACUAAAGCAGCAUUUUUUUUGUCAUGUCUUGCAAAAUACGAAACUCUUCGAGAGUCCUUGUUCCAAGCCGACAUGAUUAGCGUUUUAAUUAGACUUUUGAAGGAAAGGAUGGACUCUAGUUCAGAACAUUUGCUUGGUGUGCUAGUAGCACAAGUAUCGCAACACAAACAGUCAAGAAUUCAGUGUAGGAAGGAUGAAUAUGAACUAAAAAAUUUCUUACAGCAAAAAAUUCAGUUUUAUACCUCCAAAAGUGAAUAUGAUGAAUGCAAAGAACAUUGCUUAAAAAUAUUAGACAUUUGUUUUCAUGAUGAAAAAAAGUGAUAAAAAUAAAAAUUUUAA